AUGAAGAAUAAGGCGUCGUCAUCUGAAGCUGUCGAGCGCUUCUUCGCGGACUUCGACCUCGGGUCCACGGAUCACGUGUCUAGCGGAGACUCCUAUUUCGACUCGCACAACCAGAAAGAGAGUUAUGAAGAGCUCCUCAACGAUGAAGUUCAUCAAGAAGCUUAUCGUAGAGCUAUACUCGCCAAUAAGGACCUUUUCACCGACCGCAUCAUCCUAGUGGUCGGAUGCGGUUUAGGCUCGGCGCCAUAUGUGGUGGCCGAAGCCGGAGCUAAGAUGGUUUUAGCACAAGAGAGAAAUCAAGUAAGUCGCUACGUCCCCGAGAUCGCUCGGUUGAAUGAUUAUGAAAAUAUCAUCAACGUCAGAGGUGACGUUAAUGACCCUGGGUUUACCUUACCGUAUGCUGGGUGUCAGGUUGACAUCAUUGUGUCGGAGCCUAUGAGCUACUUGUUGCUGCACGAGUCUCGUAUCCGAGACGUUAUUGUGGCUCGUGAGCGGUUUUUGAAACCUGGCGGCAAAAUGUUCCCUAAUCGGUUUACCAUGCACCUUUGCGCUGUAGCAGCUCCGCAAGAGUAUACUAUGUGGAAGGAAUUCUGGCAAGAUAUUGGUGGAUUCGAUUUCUCGGAGUAA